GCGUAGUAGAACUCAGGUGUGCAAAAAAUGGAGGAGGAGGGUGACAUAUACGACGGUGCUCGAGCUCAGUUCCCUCUUUCAUUCGGGAAGCAAUCGAAGCCUCAAACCCCUCUCGAAGCCAUCCACAAUGCCACACGUCGUUCCAAUCCCAAUCCCAAACCCACCCAACAACUUCCCUCUCUCUCCUCCUCUUCCAAAGAAUGGCUCAAUUCCCUCCGUCCUCCCAAAAACCCUACUCCUCCACCUCACGACGAUGCCCCCACGGUGGGCCCUCCGCCUCCGCCGCCCGCACCUUCCGACGACGACGACGGAGAGAUGAUUGGCCCGCCCCCGCCGCCACCGAAUGCGUCGGAGUCCGAAGAGGAUUCGGAUCAGGACGAGGUAGGGACGCACUUCAGGAUUCCCCUUAGCAACGAGAUUGUACUAAAGGGCCACACCAAGGUUGUAUCAGCUCUUGCUGUGGAUCACACUGGAUCGAGAGUGCUUUCUGGAAGCUAUGACUAUAUGGUAAGAAUGUACGACUUUCAAGGGAUGAAUGCUCGUCUGCAAUCAUUUCGACAGCUGGAGCCGUUUGAAGGUCAUCAAGUUCGCAAUUUAAGCUGGAGUCCAACUGCAGAUCGCUUUUUGUGCGUGACUGGGUCAGCUCAAGCAAAGAUUUAUGAUCGUGAUGGGCUUACUUUGGGAGAGUUUGUGAAGGGAGACAUGUAUAUUCGUGAUCUAAAGAAUACCAAGGGCCACAUAUCUGGAUUGACAUGUGGAGAGUGGCAUCCAAAAACUAAAGAGACCAUUUUAACAUCAUCAGAGGAUGGCUCACUACGUAUAUGGGAUGUCAAUGACUUCAAAAGUCAAAAACAGGUCAUUAAACCAAAGCUUGCAAGACCUGGAAGAGUUCCUGUCACCACAUGUGCAUGGGAUCGUGAUGGUAAAUGCAUUGCCGGUGGUAUAGGAGAUGGUUCAAUACAGAUUUGGAAUAUUAAGCCCGGAUGGGGGAGUAGGCCAGAUGUACAUAUUGAAAAAUGUCAUGAGGAUGAUAUUAGUGGUCUGAAAUUUUCUAGUGAUGGGAGAAUCUUACUGUCAAGGAGUUUUGAUGGUUCAUUGAAGGUUUGGGAUCUGCGCAAAAUAAAGGAACCGUUAAAGGUGUUUGAGGAUCUGCCAAAUCACUAUGGACAAACAAAUAUUGCCUUCAGUCCUGAUGAACAACUCUUUUUGACUGGAACAUCCGUGGAAAGGGAGAGCUCGACUGGAGGUUUAUUAUGCUUCUUUGAUAGAGUAAACCUUGAGCUUGUUUCUAGAGUUGGCAUAUCACCCACUUGUAGUGUUGUCCAGUGUUAUUGGCAUCCUAAACUAAAUCAGAUAUUUGCAACUACUGGUGAUAAAAGCCAAGGAGGGACUCACAUACUAUAUGACCCAACCGUAAGUGAGAGAGGAGCUUUGGUCUGUGUUGCACGUGCACCGAGGAAAAAAUCAAUUGAUGACUUUGAGGCAAAACCUGUCAUUCACAAUCCUCACGCUUUACCAUUAUUUAGAGAUCAGCCAAGCCGGAAGCGUCAGCGAGAGAAAAUAUUAAAGGAUCCAUUGAAGUCCCAUAAGCCUGAACUACCUAUUACUGGUCCUGGCUUUGGUGGACGAGUUGGUACUAGUCAAGGAAGCUUACUGACCCAGUAUCUUCUAAAGAAAGGUGGUAUGAUCAAGGAGACAUGGAUGGAGGAGGAUCCAAGGGAAGCUAUCCUGAAAUAUGCUGAUGCUGCAGCAAAGGAUCCAAAGUUCAUUGCUCCAGCAUAUGCAGAAACCCAACCUGAGCCAGUUUUUGCGAAGUCAGAUUCCGAGGAUGAAGAGAAAUGAUUGGAUGUAGAUGGUUGUAUCACAAUAUUGUAACACAGGGAGCGUUAGGAAAGAUUGUACUUUAUUACGAGACUUCGGGAGCAUUCCCAACGUGGGACUGCCUACCCUUCCGGAAGUUUCAUAAAUGCACGUGGAAUGAUGUUGAAUUUGUUAGCUCUCCUACGAGUUACUAAUCUUAUUUGGGCGGGGUAUUUAUAUCUGUACAUUUAGUCACAUGUAAAAUUGAAUUUUGAAAACUAGUAUUAAAAUUCUACAUUUAACAGUUUUA